AGAGAGUGGGCCACGAAAUGAAGCCCAAUGCAGGGUUUUGGUCUCUUGCUGAAGAACUACAGUUCAAUAUUUUGAGCUUCCUUUCUUGCCGAGAUAUUCUUCGUUGUACAUCCGUGGGCCCAAUUUAUCAUCUAUCGUUGUCCUAGAUGGACUUUUAUACUUAUGAUGGUCGUCUUGCAGGUAUGUAAAGCCCUUCGCCAGACGUACAUGUCCUCCUCGGAGCUUCAGUACAUCGUUGAACUCAGUGGCCAAUGGUUGCUCCAUGUCCCCAAUAUGGACAAUGUUAACAUUCCCGUUUGCAAGCGCCUACAACUCUUAAGGGACAAAGCUCAUGCAUGGUUUAAAGUUGACGCCCACUCUUUCGAAACAGUCUCUCUACCAAAGGACAUGCACUCUGACAAAAAGUUCGUUGUAGAUGAGCAUCUUUAUUUGUGGGAUAAAGAAGAGGACAUGGCCACAAUUGUUCCAAUACUACCAAAGCCUUCGCAAAAAAUAGUCAAGCGCGGCUGGUCUCCAGGAACAUUGUUUUCAGUUCCUGACUCAGACAACCUCGAUGUGUUCAUGGACCCAGCACAAAACCUGAUCACCGCGUAUGCUGUCACUGAUGAUACACUCCAGUCGAACAAGGAGACACUCUACAUCGACCUUGGAGUCCUUGAUAGUGAUGGCGCUCACCCCCGUGCUGCUGGAUGGACAUUGUUUCUGUCAGUGCCGCCCGCAUCCAAGGACAAAUGCUUUGUUACAGAAAGGGGAUGUGGCAGCUGCAUAUUUGGGACUGGCAACACUCAACAACAUCUAAUGUUGCUCGUUGUCGCCGACGAUCUGAAGUUCUAUUCGAUCGAGGAUAUGUCCCAGAUGCCACAAUUGCUGGUGUGCUUCCUGAUGCCUGUCCCAUUUCCAAACCUCCGGUGCUUGCUUCUGAUGGAUCGUGUCGAUAGCUCCCCACAGAUGCAAGCCCAACAGACGAUGUACACUUCAGACCCUCAAAACCGGCUGUUAUGCAUCACCACGGAAGGGAAACGAGCCUACGUCAUUUCCAUGAGGAUUUUUUUUAAUCUUGACGGAAUAGUGGCAGCAACACCAGUACCGUGGGAACGCUGGGGCCCUUCAAAUACUCGUAUUUUCGAGCUCUCAGGUCAAUCCAGAGUCCACGUUAGUGGGAAUCGAGUUCUGCAAGCAUUGUUGGAGGGCAACGCAGCUGCGGGUCCCUUGAAGCAUACAUUACACAUCAUGGACUUCAGCCUGCUAGCUGUGACGAACAGGCGAGGUCUGGGUGAGAGAGCCAUCUACAAUACUAGACCUCGACGGGUGGACUGGCAGGCCUGCAAUGACCUUGACAACGUCACAUUGGACAGAAAGUUUGGUUCUGCUGAAUCAGAGUUAGCGGACGCGUGGGUUGAUAAGGAUAGAAUCUAUUUGCUUAACAGGAAGUGGGAUUACGAGGUGAUAGCGAUUGUCACUCAUCAUGGGCCUUGGCGCCACUUUCCAGGGAUUCUCAGGGCCCUUCUUUCAGACCCGGUUUUCUUGUAG